AUGGUCGAAGGCGACGAUGCAGAUGAGCUUGUCCCUGUCCCGUCAUCUGCACACCUCCCGUCUAUCCAAUCCGUCGAUGAGCUCUCCGGGCUGAUCAUGAACAUCGUCAUCCCACAUACCCCCAAAGAACCACUGCCCGUGUUCGUUUACGUUCACGGUGGCUCUCUCCUCUAUGGCGGUGCAAACCUACCAAUUUUCGAUACAGUGAAUCUCGUCUCUCAUAGCAUAUCAAUCAAAAUGCCCAUAAUAUGCGUCAACUUCAACUACCGCGUCGGAAUCGGCGGGUUCCUCGCCGGCUCACGCAUCGCCCAUGAAUUGCAAAACGAUGGACAUGCCGGAAGUGGUAACUUCGGCUUCACCGAUCAGCAAGUUGCCUUUGACUGGGUCCAGACCUACAUCGGAUCUUUCGGCGGUGACGCCCAGAGAGUGACCGCAGUAGGAGAAUCAGCCGGUGGCAUCUCAAUCAGUAACCAACUGAUCGCUGCGAAUCCUCCAGCUUUCAACCGUGCUAUUUGUAUGUCUGGUCUUUCACCUGCGAUUCCUGCUUGGACAAUGGAGCAGCAUGAUCGCUUCUUUGAGACUGUCUGUCGGCACUUUGAUAUCGACCCGGAUGUCGAUGCUUUGGAGAAAUUGCGGGCUGUUCCACAGCAGGAGCUAGCAAAUGCCUCCCCUGCCAUCCAAGGUGUUCCGUCUGGUACGGGGAAUCCAUGUCUUGACGGCUGGUUUUAUCGUGAGGAUCCAAGUGAGAUUCAAGUUCCUCCACCUUGGUUGGAGGGUCUUAUGAUUGGCGAUACCUACCAUGAAGGUAUCAUCUUUCAUAUAAACUUAUUAGACGAAACCUAUUCCUCGAUUCGGCGGAUUUUGCAACGCCAUAUCGGGAAUGAUUCCGAGACUGACAAAAUUCUGGCUGCGUAUGAGAUUUCUGAGGAUUUGGAACAGGAUUUCCUGCUGGAGCGUGUCGAACAUAUGUGUGGCGAUGCUUUAUUCAAGGUUUUGAAUUAUGCGACGGCGCAGGAAUGCCGGCGUCAAGGUAUCUUGCAAGACAGAUUGUUCUUGUAUCAUUUCGACCAACGAUCACGAAUUCAAAACUCCUUUGAGGGUACAGCAUAUCAUGCACAUGAGUUACUUUACCUGUUUGGAAACCUGGAGAGCGAGAUGGAUGAGAGUGAAAAGAGAAUGGUGCGGGAGUUUGGCUCUGCUUGGAUUCGAUUUGUAAAUGGAGUUGCACCGUGGGAUGAAGGUGAAGGGAAGUGGAUGGUUUGGGGGCCUGAUUCUCGAAGGGAGGUGAAGACUGAGGAUGAAGACGAGGCCGUGAGAAACUAUACUCGGAUGGAUAUGGUUUUGGCAUUGGGAAGCUGGAGGCAAUGGCUUGCCGGGGUAGAUGCCCUGGUCAACAGACGGCAAUGA